CUUACCAAUUGUUCAGCAGUUUCUGCUCUUAAUUAAGGUCAAGAAGAACAUAAAAGAAUAUGGCUAUAUAGCUUAAAACAAAGUCUUGAGUUGGUUUCAGCAAACAGAUUCUGCUCUAAGAGUAGCUAUGGAGUAGGAAUACUUGACAUAUAGAAAGAGAAAGGAAGAGAGAGAGAGAGAUGGGGGAUUAUUAUAAUUAUAGGUCCAGAAAAGGGCAUGCAUGGAGGUUUUCAUCAUCAUCAAUAAAGCUUUUGUUGUUUAUGGUAGCAUUGAUUUUGUUCUCAGGGUUUGUUGCUAUUUUGAGUACAAAAUUAUCCAGUUGGGAGUUUUUAUCUAUCCAUUCUUGGCUGGUGGGAUAUGGCGGUGCUUCUGAUUCUUUAAACACUUCUCUGUCUGCUUCUUCACAUGCAAAAGAGAAUAGCGAAAGUGCUGCGUCGGUGGUGGUGGUGGUGGUGGGAGUUAAUAAUAACGCAGAAGAGCAUAAGCAGGCUAUAUCCGAUGAGAUUUCUGCUUUUAACCGCUCUUCUUCUUCUUCUUCACUUCUUGAUUUUCAGGCUGCAGACAUUCAAGAAUCUAUUUGGCUGAUUCUUUUGAUUUAGAUUUUUUGUAAAUUGAUUUUCUAGAAUGCAAGUGAAGAAGCAGAAGAAGACUUGCAAAUUUCAGGGAACGAAACUAGAAUUGCUUCCAUGGAUCUUUCCACCAAAACCAAACGUCAAAAACAACAUUCCAAUUUAGAAAGACUUGAAGCUGCUCUCCAAAAUGCUCGUUCUGCAAUUAAAGAUGCUAACUUUAGAACUCAACCUUACGACCCCGAAUACAUUCCAAUGGGCCCUAUGUAUUUGAACUCCAAAGUCUUCCACAGAAGUUACUUAGAAAUGGAGAAACAGUUCAAGGUCUUUGUCUAUGAAGAAGGGGAACCACCGAUUUUUCACGAUGGUCCUUGCAAGAAUAUAUACUCCAUGGAAGGAAAUUUUAUUCACAGUAUGGAGUUGGAUAAGCAGUUUCGGACCAAAGAUCCUGACAAGGCUCAUGUUUAUUUCCUUCCCUUCAGUGUAGUUAUGUUGGUCAAGUUUGUCUAUGUGGGCAAUUAUGAUUUAAGCCCCAUUAAAAAGACCGUAAGAGACUAUGUCAGACUCAUUGCUGAAAAAUAUCCCUUCUGGAAUCGGAGCCUGGGGGCUGACCAUUUCAUGCUUUCUUGCCAUGACUGGGGGCCACAUACUUCAUUUGCCAUUCCUUACCUUGAAAAAAACUCGAUUCGUGCACUAUGCAAUGCAAACACAUCAGAAAGAUUCAAUCCCAUGAAGGAUGUAUCCUUUCCAGAAAUCAAUCUCCUAACAGGUUCUACAACAGGCUUGAUUGGUGGACCAUCUCCAUCAAAUCGAUCAAUCUUGGCCUUCUUUGCAGGAAGGCUUCAUGGCCCUAUAAGACCAAUCCUCCUUGAGCAUUGGGAAAACAAGGAUGAUGAUAUCAGGGUGCAUCGGCAGCUUCCGAAAGGCGUAUCUUACAACGAAAUGAUGAGAAAAAGCAAGUUCUGCCUUUGUCCAAGUGGUUAUGAAGUUGCAAGCCCGAGAAUUGUCGAAGCAUUAUAUACAGGGUGUGUGCCAGUGUUGAUUUCAGAUCACUACGUACCGCCUUUCAGUGAUGUUUUGAAUUGGAAGUCAUUCUCCGUCGAGGUUCCUGUGAGCGAUAUCCCCAACUUGAAGAGAAUAUUAACUGGAAUAUCUCCAAGGCAUUAUAUUAGAAUGCAGAGAAGAGGGCAGCAAAUAAGGAGGCAUUUUGAGGUAAAUUCUCCACCAAAGCGGUACGAUGUUUUUCAUAUGAUUCUUCAUUCUAUUUGGCUCAGAAGACUGAAUAUUAGAAUACAUGAUGAUCAUGAACAAGCUAUCAUGAUCACCAGUUGA